AUGGAAGUAGCCAUUCCUAGCAUGUUUGCUGUCGUCAGUAAACCGUACACUGGGUCAGGAGGCCCCGAGGUCUGAAACUGGGUCCGGUUGUUUGUUGCCCGUCGUCCUGUGACCACCUGCUUAGACCGGAGCUCAGCGGCAAAGCAGAAACCCAGAAGAAUUCCCAGCAGAAUCCCAGACAGGCAAGUGAGACGCCAGCUUUUCGAGACAGACUUAUUUACGUUGGCUCCCUUAAAGUAUUCAUCCAUAAUGAUUGUUCUUCUAGUUGUUCACGAUUAAGACUAGUGGACCGUCUUCUUGCCGACGGCUGAAGAGGCACCAACUAUCUCUAGACGGUUCUGCGACUGACCUAGGCAUAUCAGAGCCUUUGAAGAAUGCAUUUGAAGUCUUGAUUGGCCGACAAUAA